GGGAACUCGGCAUUUCUUCCAGCUGUGUCGCGGAUCCGUCAGACUCUGAGCGCGUUCAUAAACCGCACUGGCGCAGCCUGCUCAGACCUCGUCUGCCACCAUGCUCUGGCACCGUCUCUCCUGUCUCCUCGUUGCCGCCGUCGUCGCCAGUGCUACCCAGUUCCCGUUAGUGCACUCAAGCGUCAAGGCACAAAAUGUCCCAGGCGUUGGCUUCGCUGCAGACCAGUACGACGCUGGUCUCUUUACGCCGCUGGGCGACCUCUCCGCUCUGUCGACGGACGAGUUCACGACUCUCAGUCAUCCGCUCUUCCCGAACUACAAUGUGCGCAUCAAGAAGUCCGAGUUUUGUGAUGGCACCGUGGGGACGUACACAGGAUAUAUAGACAUCCAGGCUAGACAUCUCUUCUUCUACUUCUUCGAGAGCAGGAGCGACCCCGCCACGGACGACGUCAUCUUCUGGACGAAUGGAGGCCCGGGAUGCUCCUCGUCCCUAGGUCUUUUCAUGGAGCUUGGGCCCUGCCGGGUCACCAGCCCUGACAACGCCACAUUCAACCCAUACUCCUGGAACGAGAAGGCCAACAUCUUCUUUGUCGAUCAACCUAUCGGUGUUGGCUUCAGUUACGCUGAGUACGGAGAGACGGUCAGCACGACCCCGGAAGCAGCCAAGGAUAUCGCCGCAUUCGUCGCCAUCUUCUUCGAGCACUUCAGCCAGUUCAAGGGACGUGCCUUCCACAUGGCCGGCGAGUCCUAUGGGGGCCGCUACAUCCCUGUAUUUGCGGCAGAGGUUUACGACCAGAACGCGAAGCUGGUCGAGGCAGGUCUGACUCCUGUCAAUUUGUCUUCCAUCAUGAUAGGCAAUGGAUGUACGGACUGGGCCACAAUGGUCCCAUCGUACUACGACAUGACCUGCAGCCCAGCUUCAGUCGCUCCCAUUAUGGACAUCAGCUCGUGUGUGCGUAUGAAGCGGACGGUGCCGCGCUGCCAAGAAGCCCUACAGAAGUCCUGCGUAGACGCGUACGACAGCUUUGGCUGCUCGGCGGCCAAUCUAUUCUGCUCGGCGGAGAUCAUCGAGCCCUUCUUUGACUCAGGGUACAAUCCCUACGACAUCAGCAGGCUAUGUGACGGCCCCAUAUCCGAUACCCUCUGCUACCCGGUCACAAAAGCAAUUGGCGCCUAUCUUGACCGACCGGAUGUUCGCAAGCAGAUUGGUGUCGACGCGUUCGUGACCGCGAACUUCAGUAGCUGCAACAACGAGGUGAAUGCGGCGUUCCACGCAGCAGACGACCAGAUGUUCCCGACGCAAUUCUACAUCGGUGCGCUCCUCGAGCGUGGCGUGCGUGCGCUGAUCUACGUCGGCGCGAAUGACUGGAUUUGCAACUGGGUCGGCAACGAUCGCAUGUUGCAUGAUCUGGAGUGGACGGGGCAAGAGGCAUUCGUCAAGGAACCGCUGAAGGAGUGGACAGUUGACGGCACUGCUGCUGGUCUGACGAGGAGUGCUGGUUCUCUGACGUUCGCUACAAUCUAUGGCGCUGGGCAUAUGGUUCCCUACGAUAAGCCCGCAGAGUCCCUCAAGUUGACGAAGCGAUGGCUGGCGAAUAAAGAACUGUGACUUAUCUGUAUAGCAAGGCUUCUGAAUUUCAGCCGAUGCGACGGACAUAAUACAUUCGGUCAACACAA